AUCUUAAUGACUGAGAAAGACAAAGCCAAGUUGACUUCGACAGAAAAACGAAAAGCCGCAGAUCAAGAAACGGAACCACUUAAAGAUCUUAAAAAGGCAAAACUAGAAACAAAAGCUUUAAAAGCCAAAAGACCUGGAUUUACAGAUGAUAGAUAUUAUGAAACAUCAUAUUACAUUGAAAACGGCUUACGCAAAGUUUAUCCCUACUACUUCACCUUCACGACGUUCACAAAAGGACGUUGGGUGGGCGAGAAAAUUCUCGAUGUUUUCGCUCGUGAAUUUCGUGCCCAUCCUGCUGAAGAGUAUGAGCGCUGCAUAAAAGCCGGAACAUUAACUGUUAAUUACGAAAAAGUGCCAAUAGAUUACAAACUGAAACACAAUGAUCUCCUAGCUAAUGUUGUACACAGACAUGAAGUUCCAGUAACUAGUCAACCAAUCACAAUAGUUUUUAUGGACGACGAUAUUGUGGUUGUGAAUAAACCAGCAUCUAUACCAGUUCAUCCAUGCGGUCGCUAUCGUCACAACACCGUGGUGUUUAUUCUCGCCAAAGAAUAUAACUUGAAGAACUUGCGGACGAUACAUCGUUUGGAUCGCCUUACUUCGGGUUUGUUGUUGUUUGGACGUAGUCCCAAAAAGGCAAGACAAAUGGAACACCAGAUAAGAAAUCGUCAGGUGCAGAAGCAAUACAUUUGUCGUGUUGAAGGAGAAUUUCCCGACGGACUUGUCGAGUGUAAAGAACCAAUCGAGGUCGUGAGCUAUAAAAUUGGUGUUUGUAAAGUAUCACCAAAAGGCAAGGAAUGUUCAACAACUUUCGAAAAGCUAGGCUUUAAUGGAAAGACAAGUGUCGUGCUAUGUAAGCCUCACACAGGUCGAAUGCAUCAAAUUCGAGUUCAUCUUCAAUACUUAGGAUAUCCGGUCGUGAAUGAUCCGCUUUAUAAUCAUGAAGUGUUUGGACCGAACAAGGGUCGCGGUGGUGACAUUGGUGGAAAAACCGAUGAACAGUUGGUUAGGGAUUUAAUAAAUAUUCACAAUGCCGAAAAUUGGUUAGGUAUCGAUGGUGAUUCAGAGCUUUCAAUGUUUAAUAAAUCGAUGGGAUCGGACUUAGAAGACAGCUUGGGCGGCACAAAUAAAGGAAAUCCACUAAGCGAUGAUGAUUCAGAGUCUGUGUCUCGUGAAGCAUCACCAUGUUCCGAGAGUCCACGGCCUGUUUCUGUUGGUAGCGAAAGUCCCAACGAAAAUAUUUGUACAAUUUCAAAUCAAAUGAACAGCAACAAUAAUAACAAAAUAACAAAUGCCGUUGGCACUACUACCAACCCAAAAAUGAGCAAUGUAAGUGCUAUCGGAAAGAUGAGCAGUAACGUCAUGCACAGUGGAAUCGGGCGGAGUUUACUUCUGCAAAAGGUGGGUGUCACUGUGGCUACACAAACUGGUCAUGAAUCACCGGAUUUAGCUUUUAAUCCAGACAAAAUGACGACCGACAGGCAUUGCUAUGAAUGCAAAGUGCGUUACAAGGAUCCAAAACCUCAGGACUUAGUCAUGUACUUGCACGCGUGGAAGUAUAAGGGUCCCGGUUGGGAUUACGAAACUGAACUUCCAGGAUGGGCGAGUGUGGAAUGGAGCGAAAAUGAAUGAGAUUUCUAGAACGAUUUGUUAUUGCGGCUAAAUAAUUUUCACAUUUAGACCAUCCACCCAGCAAUCUGCAAUCUUCAACAAUCCAUCGUUCAUCUGUUGGAAUAACAACAAUAAAAGAGUUCGGAUGGUAUUUUGAGUUUGAAGCAGUUUUAUUUUUAUCUCGAUUUAUUAUAUUCGUAAGUAAAUUUAGUUAAUAAGAACCAUCAAGACAAAAAAAAACAUAAACAAAAUAAAGCUUAAAAAGAGAUGAAGAGCAUAAGAAGAAAUAAAGCUUUGAAUAAAGACGAGAAGCAUAAAAUGCUCUUUUUUUGUGCAUCAAGUAUGCAAUUGAAUUUAAUAUAGAAAAAAGGAUGAAAGAAAACUUUACACAUAGAUUAAAAAGCUUCGUUUCGUUCAAACAUAAAUGAAGUAUAUUAAAAUAUGAUUGCGCUUUUAAAGUUGAUGGUUGCAUGGUUUUUUUUAUGCAGUUGAACUUUUCUAGCGUGACUUUGAUACUUAAAAAAAGAAAACAGUGAAAGAAUCAGGUUCAUUUAAUUCGCUUUCUCUCGCUCAGUGCCGUCUCUUCGAAGUCAAAAUAUCUUCUACACUUGAUGCGAAAGUGAGAAAAAAGUAGAAAAGAAAAAUGACAAGAAAUUAUGUUCUAUCGAGCUUGUUCGCAUUGUUGUAGGAAUACCACGCUAUAAAGUUCUUACUUUUAAUGUUUCAACGACACCCUCAACAUGCAUUUAAAUUUUAUAAAAAUAAAAUAAAAUGAAGAAAAAAAAAUUCUGCGGUAUCUGAGUAAAGAGUGAAGGUGAUUAAAAAUUACUUUAAUGACUUUGCACGCUUUUCUCUGUUUGCUUUAUGAGUGGCAAUGAGAGGCAAAAUGUUUAAAGAAGCGAAUUUAAAUGAACGAAAUUUUUUUUUAUAGAUUUAAAACACAUACACUCGACGAGACAAUACGGAAAUUUUGCAAAGUUAUUUCAACGUUAAACUUUCAAGCAUGCAUUUGUAUUUUAAUUUUUUUUUUAUUUUUUGUUUUUAUCCUCGAUUUUUGUGCUUUUUUUCCUCUUUACUGUUUGUGGUUUGACACUGGAAACAAAAGACAUCUGUUGCAUUAGAAAGUGUUUGAAGACAUGAAAAGAAAAUAAAUAUCCCAUUAGAUACUAUUAUUAUAAUUAUUCAAAAAAAAUUCUUAAAUAUUUUAGAUAGUUUUAAAACUCAACAUUUGAUUGUGUUUCUUGGCAUUAUAAUAUUUAACGCAUCUUUUAAGACAUAAUAAAAAUCUUAUUUAAUAAAAUAAAGAAUAAUUUAAAUUUGA